UCAGGACGACUUUGGAAGAUUACAAGCGAUAUGGUGCAGAUUUGUGUUCUCUUACAAACCAUCAGCAAUGGGACUGUAUCCGUAUUAUCCCAGUUGUGUGGUGCGGAAUUAUACUACACAGUUCUUUUGCUUCGAUCGUCGAAAUUCCACCAUGAGCAUCAAUACCUUCAUGACGGCGGUUUGGGAUGAUGAAUACCAGUGGUUCACGUGGCGUCCAGGUGCUGACGAUACUGUCGGAAUGAAAUGCUGCAAAGUGCCCAAAGGAUAUUUUAUCGAUUACGUUUCAUGUUAUUACAUGUCCACGCACGAUGAAUUUGGGGAGUACUAUGACUCACUUAUCCAGUUUAUGGUGUACUGCAGUCCCGGAUACGUGGCCACCGGAAUGUCGCGCAAGAUUGACGCCAGCAAGCAGAAUUAUAUUAUUGACUGGAUCCAGUGUUGCCGUUUAGGACACGGAGCGCCAACAGUGGUAUCGCCACCCCGAGCAGAGAUCGACGGCGGAUAUCCUUCCUAUAUUGCACGGGAAAACUACAUCCCAUAUCCGAUACCCCAGGACUAUCAAGCUCAGUAUCGAAGCGUGCAAAACCAAAUGCGAGCGGAGAGUCCUAGCAAUAACGGGUCACCGACAACAGUUAAUUUCCAGGAGCCGCUGCGCCGGUCAUGGCGCUGGAAAGCCACGGACCUCGUUGACCGGCAUCCUUUAGACAAGGAAUACGCAUUGCCAUCGAUGUAGCAAUUUGUAAAAUUACUAAUUACAAAUUAAUUAAGUGCCCCGCAAACUUGAUGGAAAAUUUUUUUAUUUUUGCUUCUGGUGCUACUCCGGUCUUUUUACAAAGUACUUAAUUGCUUACAAAUACACUUAGGGUUUACUGAACUUUUACUGGGAAAGUUACGCUCUUG